GCAGCGGCAGCGGCAGCCGUAGCAUCCCGCCGCCCGGAACCCGCUCAGGUUGCAGUGUACCUGGAGAUUGGACACAUCGGGGAAGGAUCCAAGACACCAGAUCUGAAGCCAAGAGACUCCAAUCCCCUGACAAGGACCUGGCUAUGAAUCUUGUCUUCCUGUUUCUGAAGCCCUCCUUCUAACUUGGAAACAUUGAAGGUUUCCUAGGUCAUAAACUUGAGUUUUGCUCAACCUGACCAGCAAUCCUACUCCUUGGAGAUAGUCUGGUAUAGUGGAGAUAUCACUAUCAGUGGAAAGAUCACCAUUUUUGGAGAAAGAAGACCUGAUUUCAAGCACCACCUCUGACACGUUACUUCUGUGACCAUGAGUGCCGGGAAGGGGCCAUGACCAUGUAGACGCCAGCCCUGGAAGUAGCGGCAUGGGCAGCGCUGAAUGGGGACGCCUGGGUCUGCAGUCUUGAGACCCACCACUACUGACCUUCGAGCUGGGAUCCCUGCGUGUCGAGGUGUUCCUUCCCGAGCUUGUUGCAGCCGCUGCCGCGCUGGCCCUUCUCCAUUUUCUCCCUUGGAAUUGGAGCCGACUGCUCAGAGUUGCUAAAGUUGCUUCCUUCCCGAAAGCCGUAUAGACCUAUACUCUUAAUUGGGAACCUGCUUCUUUCUUCCCCUGCCCUGAAAUAAAUAGGUUACAAAUAAUAACAACCCUUGGAUCUGCCCAAAGUGGAGCAGGAACCUCAGCAAAAAUGGGAGACAUGACCAACAGCGAUUUUUACUCCAAGAACCAAAGAAACGAAGCCAACCAUGCAGGCGAGUUUGGGUGCACGAUGGAGGAGCUCCGCUCCCUCAUGGAGCUUCGGGGGACAGAGGCUGUGGUCAAAAUCAAGGAGACCUAUGGGGACACUGAGGGGAUCUGCCGGCGUUUGAAGACCUCGCCUGUGGAAGGUUUGCCGGGCACUGCUCCAGACUUGGAAAAAAGAAAGCAGAUUUUUGGGCAAAACUUUAUACCUCCAAAGAAGCCAAAAACGUUCUUACAGCUAGUUUGGGAAGCGCUACAGGACGUGACUCUUAUUAUCCUGGAAAUUGCAGCCAUCAUCUCUCUGGGACUUUCAUUUUAUCAUCCUCCUGGAGAGGGGAAUGAAGGGUGUGCGACAGCCCAAGCUGGGGCCGAAGAUGAAGGAGAGGCAGAAGCUGGCUGGAUUGAAGGGGCCGCCAUACUUCUUUCAGUUAUCUGUGUUGUUCUUGUCACUGCCUUUAAUGACUGGAGCAAGGAGAAGCAGUUCCGGGGUCUGCAGAGCCGAAUUGAACAGGAGCAGAAGUUUACCGUGGUCCGGGGAGCCCAGGUGAUCCAGAUUCCAGUGGCAGAGAUCGUGGUUGGUGACAUUGCCCAGGUAAAAUACGGUGACCUACUUCCUGCUGAUGGGAUCUUCAUCCAAGGCAAUGACCUUAAAAUUGAUGAAAGCUCUUUAACUGGGGAGUCUGACCAGGUCCGCAAAUCAGUGGACAAGGACCCCAUGCUGCUUUCAGGGACCCAUGUGAUGGAGGGCUCUGGCAGGAUGCUGGUCACCGCUGUGGGAGUGAACUCUCAGACUGGCAUCAUCUUUACCUUGUUGGGGGCUGGUGGUGAAGAGGAAGAAAAGAAAGACAAAAAAGGUGUGACCAAAGUGGAUGGCCUUCAGCUUCCAGCUACAGAUGGUGCAGCAGGUGCAAAUACCACCGAUAAUGCAAAUUCCAGCUUAGUCAAUGGUAAAAUGCAGGAUGGCAAUAUGGACACCAGCCAGAGCAAAGCCAAACAACAGGAUGGGGCAGCGGCCAUGGAGAUGCAGCCUCUGAAGAGUGCCGAAGGGGGAGAUGGAGAUGACAAGAAGAAAGCUAACAUGCACAAAAAGGAGAAAUCAGUCUUGCAGGGGAAGCUCACCAAGCUGGCUGUGCAGAUAGGCAAGGCAGGCCUUGUGAUGUCUGCCAUUACGGUGAUUAUCCUGGUGCUGUACUUCACUGUGGACACCUUUGUGGUGAACAAGAAGCCUUGGCUGCCUGAGUGUACUCCAGUCUAUGUGCAAUACUUUGUCAAGUUCUUCAUUAUCGGGGUGACUGUGUUGGUGGUUGCUGUGCCCGAAGGGCUCCCCCUUGCUGUCACCAUCUCUUUGGCUUACUCUGUGAAGAAAAUGAUGAAGGAUAACAACCUUGUACGGCACUUGGACGCCUGUGAGACAAUGGGCAACGCCACAGCUAUCUGUUCUGACAAGACGGGAACGCUGACCACCAACCGAAUGACUGUGGUUCAGGCGUACAUUGGGGAUGUCCACUACAAGGAGAUUCCGGAGCCCAGUGUCAUCAACUCCCAAACCAUGGAGCUGCUGGUGAAUGCCAUCGCCAUCAACAGUGCUUAUACCACGAAGAUUCUGCCACCAGAAAAGGAAGGCGCCCUGCCCCGCCAGGUGGGCAACAAGACUGAGUGUGGAUUGUUGGGAUUUGUCCUGGACUUGAAGCAAGAUUAUGAACCUGUGAGAAGCCAAAUGCCUGAGGAGAAGCUGUACAAAGUAUAUACUUUUAAUUCCGUCAGGAAGUCUAUGAGCACAGUGAUUAAGAUGCCUGAUGAAAGCUUUCGCAUGUAUAGCAAAGGGGCAUCAGAGAUUGUCCUGAAAAAAUGCUGCAAAAUUCUCAGUGCAUCUGGCGAGGCUCGAGUCUUCCGACCUCGAGACCGAGAUGAAAUGGUAAAGAAGGUGAUUGAGCCCAUGGCCUGCGAUGGCCUCCGAACCAUCUGCGUAGCUUAUCGGGACUUCCCAAGUAGCCCAGAGCCUGACUGGGAAAAUGAGAAUGAUAUCCUCAAUGAUUUAACCUGUAUCUGUGUGGUGGGCAUUGAAGACCCCGUGAGACCAGAGGUCCCAGAAGCCAUAAGGAAGUGCCAACGAGCAGGAAUCACCGUCCGCAUGGUCACUGGGGACAAUAUCAACACUGCCCGGGCCAUUGCCAUCAAGUGUGGUAUCAUCCACCCUGGGGAAGAUUUCCUCUGCAUCGAGGGGAAGGAGUUCAAUCGGCGAAUCAGGAAUGAGAAGGGAGAGAUUGAGCAGGAACGAAUAGACAAGAUCUGGCCCAAACUGCGGGUCCUUGCUCGCUCCUCCCCCACGGACAAACACACUCUGGUCAAAGGCAUCAUCGACAGUACCCACACAGAGCAGAGACAGGUCGUGGCUGUGACUGGGGAUGGAACUAAUGAUGGGCCAGCUUUGAAGAAGGCAGAUGUUGGCUUUGCCAUGGGAAUCGCUGGUACUGAUGUUGCCAAGGAAGCUUCGGACAUCAUUCUGACAGAUGACAACUUCAGCAGCAUUGUCAAGGCAGUGAUGUGGGGCCGCAACGUUUAUGACAGCAUCUCCAAGUUCCUGCAGUUCCAGUUAACAGUCAAUGUGGUAGCUGUCAUUGUGGCUUUCACGGGUGCUUGCAUCACACAGGACUCUCCCCUAAAAGCUGUACAGAUGUUGUGGGUGAAUCUCAUCAUGGAUACCUUUGCCUCCCUGGCCCUGGCCACAGAGCCACCAACAGAGUCUCUUCUGCUGCGUAAGCCAUACGGCCGCAACAAGCCGCUCAUCUCCCGCACCAUGAUGAAGAAUAUCCUAGGCCAUGCAGUCUACCAGCUCACGCUCAUCUUCACCCUGCUCUUUGUUGGUGAGAAGAUGUUUAUGAUUGACAGUGGACGCAAUGCCCCUCUCCACUCCCCUCCUUCUGAGCACUAUACCAUCAUCUUCAAUACUUUUGUCAUGAUGCAGCUGUUCAAUGAAAUCAACGCCCGGAAAAUCCAUGGGGAGCGGAAUGUGUUCGAUGGGAUCUUCAGGAACCCCAUCUUCUGCACAAUUGUACUGGGCACCUUCGCCAUUCAGAUAGUCAUUGUGCAGUUCGGGGGGAAGCCAUUCAGCUGUUCUCCUCUCCAGCUUGACCAGUGGAUGUGGUGUAUAUUCAUUGGACUAGGAGAGCUUGUCUGGGGUCAGAUCAUUGCCACCAUCCCAACCAGCAGGCUCAAAUUCCUGAAGGAGGCAGGACGGCUCACUCAGAAAGAGGAGAUCCCCGAGGAAGAACUCAAUGAGGACGUUGAGGAGAUUGAUCAUGCUGAGAGAGAACUUCGACGUGGACAGAUCCUGUGGUUCCGUGGCCUGAAUAGGAUCCAAACUCAGAUUGAAGUAGUCAAUACUUUCAAGAGUGGCGCUUCCUUUCAGGGGGCUCUCAGGAGACAGUCCUCCGUCACAAGCCAGAGCCAGGAUGUAACCAAUCUUUCUAGCCCUAGCCACGUAUCGUUAUCCAAUGUUCUUUCCUCUCCUACCAGCACACCUCCUGCUGCAGCUGGGCGUGAAGGGCUAGAGAACCCUGGACUGAGAGUUCAGCAAGAGAGAGUGAAAUUAAAAGAGAUCCGCGUCGUGAAGGCAUUCCGUAGCUCUCUCUAUGAAGGUUUAGAAAAACCUGAAUCUAGAACCUCCAUCCAUAACUUCAUGACUCAUCCUGAAUUUAGGAUAGAAGACUCUCAGCCCCAUAUCCCCCUCAUUGAUGACACUGACCUGGAAGAAGAUGCCGCUCUCAAGCAAAAUUCGAGCCCGCCAUCGUCAUUGAACAAGAACAACAGUGCAAUCGAUAGCGGGAUCAAUCUGACCACUGACACGAGCAAAUCAGCUACCUCUUCUAGCCCAGGGAGUCCUAUACACAGCCUGGAGACAUCGCUUUAGCGGGAAACAUUCACAUCUCAAAACAAAAAAAAAAAACAAAAUAUACAAAAUAAAACAAAAAACCCACAAAAAAACAAACAACAACAACAAAACCAACCCAUAGCCACCACCAACUCAGAACAAACCAACCCAGAAAACUCAACCAUGAAACAGCACCAAGAAAACAAAAAUAGACAAAAUGGGAGGAAAAUAUAUCUCCACCCAAUAGAACUUUUCUCUGGCUGAGAAGCUGUUUGAGCUCUUUGUCCCUUUGAGGCAAGUGACGGGAUCCCUGAUGUGGGUUCUUGGGAGUGAGCAAUAGCCUGAUGUGCCCUUUCUUGCUCCCGCCCAAACACAGACCACCCACCACCUUCCUGCAUGGACGUACUGUACCCUUCUCUUGUUUAUUAUUUUUUUUCCUUAGGCAGGAACUGCAAAAACAAAAAAAAGAAAAAAAAAAGAAAAAAGAAAAAAAAAGAAAAAAUAGGAAAAAAAAGACUCCUUUCUGAGGCUUAUUUAUCCAAUUCACUGGUCUGUGAGUUUUUUGAACUGCUUGUGUGGCAUGGUCUCAGUUGUAGAGAUUAAUUUAAAUAACUUUUUGAAGUUGCGGAAGCUUAACUUGCACAGUAGGGUUAUAACAAUGGGACAGAAGAACUUCAUAGACACUAAUGAGAUUAUAUCCAUUUCUUUGUAUCUAUAUCAACGUAUACCUCAUCGAGAAUGUAUACGUCCAUAUAGAUAGGUAGAUAUAUAUGUAUAUCUAUAUACAUGGAUAUAUAAAGUUUUUUUGCUGGCAUGUUGCCUUGUUUUUGCUUAAAUUGCUCUAUUUUAACUUAUUUAUGUCUUAAAAGAAGAAUGUAAUUUGUUUACAAACCUGUAGAUAAACGUCCUUCACUAUUUGUAGGGUUAAGAACACUUCCUGCUGAGAGAGUAUAAGGACUGCUCAGCUCAUCAGAUACUCCUCUCAGAUUGCAUCCUCGAUGUUUUACGACAGCUCGGCUCUGAUUUUUUGCCUGCUCUUUUUUUUUUGUUGUUCAGUAAUGUAGCUCCUGCUGGUGAAUGACAAAAGAAGCCAAAAUAUAACAUAUUGGAUGUAGGAAUAUGCUCCACAAACAUGGGGUCAUGGGACUGGAAGCUUGACUCUGUCAGGGGAAAAAAACCACCAUGUGCAACAAUCAGGUUUAUUUUUUUGUAAAAAAACAAAAAACAAAAAACAAAAAACAAAAAAAAAAAACACAAACAAGUAAAUAAAUAACCAAAUUUCUCAGCCCAUUUUCGGUAUGCCCCUCACUGGCCAGAGGCUACCUUGGUAGCCAUUAUAUUACAAUGGCUUCCAUGGAAUAUAUAUAUAUAUUUUUUUCCACAAGACUCUCCUUCUUAUGAAACUCCUUUGAGUUUAUUGAGAGACUUAAAAAUAAGUUAUAUUUGGCUUUAUAUGGAGAUCAAGGUAGUGUUGAAAUAUUAUGAACUCUUAUUGUGUUGAUUUUUUUUUUUUUAGUCACUUAGAAAUUGAUUUUCUUAUCAUUCGCAGCUUACGAGCUGUUGGCAUUUUUGAAUGAGAAUUACUACAGCUUGCUGCUUUUUUUUUUUUUUUCUUUUUUUUAAUUUUGGAAGAAAACUAUCCGUUUCCCCCCAUUCUACCACCCUGCACUAUUCAGAUCUGAAUGAACUUUAUGAUAUGUAUAUUGAAAAUGUGCUCUGUGUGAUUUUUAAACAAAGCUUGUCUUCCUGUAAUCACAAUAUAUACUGUAGCCAUUUAACAGUACGUCCUGCCUUCCUGCAAGGGAAGCCGUUCCGAAAGUCUACAGUAUCACAGGUGAGAAAGUUUUUUGUAGUUCUUCUCUCCUUCUCCCCCCCCCCCCCCCCAGGAUGGUAUCAGCACUAAUAAUCAACUUACUAUGAGCUUCUUGAAUUGCUACGUCAGCCACUUGAAUGCUAAGCACUUUGUGGGCCACGGCUUUUUUUCAUAAAGAACUUUUGUAUUUAAUACAAAGUUUGCUUUGAGACUUUUCAGCACACAGUCUUUUUUCCAUAAACUUGUACAGUGCAAAAGACAUUUUGAAUACAUAACACGGUUGGUGAUGUCAGAUGUGUCAAGGAAAAGCAAAGCAUUUCCGACUCACCUGAGAAAUUAAUUUGUUCUGCUGACCCCACCCACCCUGCCAUCUGUCAGGCCCCUUCUCCGAGCCUAGAACUUGGCAAACCAGACAAAAUCUUCUCUGCAUCCCGGCCAAGAAGGAGCAUUUUCUUGUGCAGAUGGCCAAGAUUAGGUAGAGCCCUUCCCAGCCGGGGUGGCCAGUCUCUCAAGGCUGCUAGCGGAAAAGCAAUGUAUCCGAUUUGCAGUCAGCCCCCCGUCUGGUCUAAACUGUCCUGUACAAGAGGCCUGUGCCUAGGACAGCAGGGCCUACAAACCCCUUUCUUUUGAAUCGAGAACAGGGUCCCCAUGUCAACUGUAAACAGACUGGCAAUGAAAGCAACGCUAAUUGUCUCAGGAUGGCAACUUAGCGAGGGUUUCAUUUUGACACUGUAAAUGUGGAACGGAACCUCAGCUUUCAUGUAUUGGAUUGGGGGGGGGAUUGGGGGUCCUGUUCUUUGUUUUACUUAUGAGGAAGGGGGAGGGUGUUGGUUGGAUUUACACAUCUGUGAAAUGGGUCUGUUCUGGAACAUGAUUUAGUUUCUCUGUCUUAAUUGCGAUGAGUUAUUUUCCUUUUCCAAAGCUCUCCCAACCUCCUCUUUCCUUCAGUAAUGCUCGUGUUUACCCGGGAAGAGCACUAAACCAUUAGGGAAUCAUUUUGCGGACUUGGAUUAGCUUCUCACCUGUGACACUUUUUCUCCCACCCAGUGGCUUCUUGUAAAUCGAAGUGCCCAUACCACACUGGGCUUCUCUCCAAGAGAAAUCAGAAAUCUGGGUAGGUUUGGAGAAUUGGUAGUAGGGCGGGUUCUGGAAAGGAGGGGCAGAAGUCCAGGAGAAAGUUUGUCAAAGUAAUAUCCAAUUUCGCAAAUACCUAAAGUUCAGUCUUGCAAACCCGGUCUCCUUUCCCACUUGGCCUUCUCUUGUUGGGAACAAUGGCUCCAAAUAAAUGGCGCAUGGAGAUCACGGUUGGUUGAAGCUCACCACAGUACAUACAUCACCUGCAUCCUGCCCUCUGUCCUUGGCCGCAUGGAGUUUGUGUUCAACAAUAAACAAUAUCCUGGUACAUUUGGCCAUCCAUCCCAUUAGGGGGUAAUAAUUUAUGUCCAUUCAUCUGUUUUUAUGAAUUUUUUUAUCUAGACAACAAUUGUAAAUAAAGAACUCACCGUCUCUGUUCAUUUACUACUAUGCAACGGCUAUGCUUUCUCUUACUCUGGUUCAUCAGAUUCCUACAAUGUGGUCCUGGAAUGUUUGUGGUUUUAAAAAAAAAAAACAACAAAAAGAGUAAGCUCUGUGACAAAUUCUUAACUAGUUUAGAACAGAAUGAGCCAACUGGACUCUUAACUUCCUUCCUUUACCUUUUCCUCCCUGUCCACUAUUGAAUUUUCUACCCAGGUGCCCCAGGUAAAAUUAACAAUCAACAAACUGCUAAAAUCAACUCCCACGGUAGCAUGAACAGCUAUGGUCUAAGCUUGCAUCUUCUGUUGUGUAUUGCACCAACCCCCCAUGCUCAUAUGCAUUCUAUUCUGUUCCCUCCCAUGGGUCUGAGAACAUGAGCUGUCAUUCUGUCCUGGAGGGAUGUGGCUGGUGAGAGCUGGAGGAAGUCAUGGAGCUAAGGUAUCGUGGUUCCAAGCCCCAUCCCACUCUUCCCCAAAAUAGCUCCCUCGAGGGGGCCAUAUUUUCCAUGCAGCAAGGAGUCCCACCUUGAGAAUGACAUUGACCCUAAUGACGUGGCCUCCUUAUAUAUUUAUAUAUGUCAGGAAGCUGAGAAAUGCAUGAAGUCUUAGGAACAGAGAGGAACGAUUUUGUUUGGCUAUGGGUAGCACCUUUGCUACACUCCCAACAGAAUUCUCAUUGACCUCAACCACCUUCUAAGGGCUAGGAAAGUUAAGAUGACACAGCUAUUGAUGGGAGACUGCUCCACUGAGGAUGAGGAAGGGCUCUCCUGCCUCUUGAAUGGAAGCUCUGAUGUCCCCUUGGAGUAACCCCUUCACCCUUUGCUCCACAUUACCCCCUUCCCCAGGAGAGACAAGAGAAGCUACUUUCUUGCCCUCCCUCACCUGGGAGAUUCGGGUACCAGAGGGUAACUCUCCAUCCUCAGCCUCUGGUCCUCUUCCUGUCAAAAAUGCACCUCCCAGUGAGGGCUGGGAACUUCUCCCUAGCAAUGACUAAUAUCUGGCUGGAACACCUUGUGUUCCCUGGGUCCACUUUCCUGUAAUAGAGGAGCAAGAAAUGAGACCCAGAGAUGGUGAAGAGUAAAAAAGGUAUUGAAUUCUGUAACCAAAGACCUUGCCAUCUACUUCUCUUUGAAGUCAGUGGGAAGAAACCUUGGUUCAGACAGGAAAUUUCUGCUUGGCAAAAAGUUUCCUCCUGCCAGCCCCUGUCAAUUUCCCACUCCCCAAAAUAACAAUAAGAAUAGUAAGAAUAUAAGCCUUCCCUGUGUGUGCUUACCGUUUGCACACCCUUUUCAGAUAUUCUCAGAUUGUUUUAAGAUGCUUACCCUGUGUGUGCAUUUGUUUGCACACCCUUUUCAGAUAUUCUCAGAUUGUUUUAAGAGGUCUAAAAGCUGCUAACUUCUUGAUCAGAUCCCCCUAGCCUCCCCAAACCCACAGGGUCUGCAGUCUGGCAUGUGCUCAGGCCUACCAUAUUCCUCCUGCACUCACCAUAUCCCUGCCAAGGCCCUGCCUAAGACCUGGCUGGGCUUUAUUAAGGACCAGAGGACAGCAGUAAGCUUAGGCCUCUUCCACUGUCCAGAAACCAAGCUGCUCUCGUUUUUAUUUCCAAACACCAAUCACCAAGCCAACAGUCGCAGUCACUAAGCCCAGCUUCCAGCUCGUCCCGGGUCCAAGCCUCUCAGCAUGAGGGGCACGUGGGGGGCCUCUGCCUGGCUCCCCAAGGGACAAUGACCGAUCCCCAAGCUGGCGAGCGCCUGAGAAUUUAAUGUCUGUCGUCUACCCCAAUGCCAUGGAAAUAUUGUCUUCGCUACAGUUUCUGUAGUUUUGUAACUAAGUGGCUCUCUCUCUUUGACCUUUUGCUGGUCGCCACACUUUCAUAAAUAUUGUAUGUAUAUUUUUUAUAAUCAAUAGUGUAAAGUUCUCUAUACAGAUUCCAAUGAUCACAGACCAGUUUCAAAGAGCUGUUGAUGCUUCGUGGGAUACUUUGGAAAACAUUUGGUUUUGGAAAAAAAAAAUGUGCUUACACUGUAAUAUCUUUUAUUUUUCUGUAUCCUCCUGCCUUGCUCUUUGUAAUAGUGUGUUUGUCCGCCUUUUCAACACUAUCCGAAGCAAUAAUAAUAAAUGCACAAGUGGAAACGCA